AUGAGCUUCUGUGCCUGUCUUAUUGCUGGGAUAGGGACUCAGGCGUAUGCAGGAUCACAAACAUUGCAGAGUAUAAUCCUACUCUCGACAGGCACGAAUAAAGGCGGAGGGUACUUUGCCCCGAAAUGGCUAUUCUUAUGUAUGUACAUUGGCCUCACUGUUAUUUGGGCAGCAUUGAACACAUUUGCGUUAGAAGUUAUCGCCUUCAUCGAUAUAAUUUCAAUAUGGUGGCAGGUUAUUGGUGGAGCAGUGAUAGUUAUAAUGUUACCUCUAGUGGCACUAACUACACAAUCAGCUUCAUAUGUAUUCACAAACUUUGAAUUAGCACCUAAUACAACAGGAAUAUCAAGCAAACCGUAUGCGGUGAUUCUAUCGUUUCUUGUGAGCCAAUAUUCCCUCUAUGGAUACGAUGCUGCAGCGCAUCUAACCGAAGAAACUAAAGGCGCGGACAAGAACGGACCUAUUGCAAUACUAGGUAGUCUUGCCAUCAUUUCAGUAUUUGGUUGGGCUUAUAUCUUGGCACUCACAUUCAGCAUUCAGGAUUUCGCUUAUCUUUAUGAUCCAAACAAUGAGACUGCUGGAGCAUUUGUGCCAGCACAGAUAUUGUAUGAUGCAUUCCAUGGAAGAUAUCACAAUUCUGCAGGAGCAAUAGUUCUACUAUUUAUAAUUUGGGGUUCUUUCUUCUUUGGUGGACUUUCAAUCACCACAAGCGCUGCCAGAGUCGUUUAUGCACUGUCAAGAGAUAAGGGAGUGUCGUUUUCGUUCCUAUGGCGAAAAUUGCAUCCAAAGCACAAGGUUCCUACAAAUGUUGUAUGGCUAUGUGCAGCAAUAUGCAUUCUUCUUGGUCUACCAAUAUUGAAGGUGAAUGUGGUAUUUACUGCAAUAACUUCAAUAUGCACAAUUGGUUGGGUUGGUGGUUAUGCAGUUCCAAUAUUUGCAAGAAUGGUAAUGCCUGAGAAGAAUUUCAAGGCUGGACCAUUUUAUUUGGGAAAGGCAAGAAGACCAAUUUGUUACAUUGCAAUCCACACAAUGUGUGUUCUUCGUAUUUAUGAUACAACAAAAUGCAGAGAUCUUUCAUAUGGGGAUACAAUGAAUGUGCCAAACAACUUCAUAAAAUCCACUGGAAGAAGAUCACUUGUGCUAAGAAUCAGGGAGGAGAAGAAAGCUCUGAAGGAAGAAAAAUUGAAGCAAGAGGAGAAAUACACAUGGGCUAUUGUCGACGGUGUUAAAGAGAAGCUUAACAAUGGUGAGCACAGAAUGUCUGGUGGUGAAAAGAGGAUGUUCAAGUCACCAAAUUCUGUUUUGAACAAGGCUAGGACCCAAUUACUUAACAAGCAGCGGGUAUUAUCGGAGGGCAGGAACUUCGGGCAUUAUUCAGUCAGUAUGGGAGAUGAUGAGACAUGA